CUCGAGUUGAAGACCGCACACACACACACAAGCUGAUCAAUUUCAUCGUUCCGACACUCUUUCGCCGAACUCAACAAUGCCUCUGUCUCUCCGUCUAGCUCCAUCUCCUGCGGCUUUAUCUCCGACAACCGGUGGAUUUGGAGCUGCGAAAAAGCAGUGUCGUAUCCCUUACUCCGGCGUGGCGACGGCGACGACGACGAGGAUUGGUUUCUGCUCACUGGAUUUUGUGAGAAGGGGAGACUCCUCUGUGGUGAGGUGUAGCUUAGAGACUGUGAAUGUUAGUGUUGGUCAAGUGACGGAAGUGGAUAAGGAUACCUUCUGGCCCAUCGUUAAAGCCGCUGGUGAAAAGAUUGUGGUACUUGACAUGUACACUCAAUGGUGUGGUCCAUGUAAAGUGAUUGCUCCUAAAUACAAAGCUUUAUCUGAGAAAUAUGAGGACGUUGUGUUUCUUAAGCUUGACUGCAACCCUGAAAACAGGCCAUUGGCAAAGGAGCUAGGAAUAAGAGUGGUUCCAACUUUUAAAAUAUUAAAGGAUAACCAAGUGGUGAAGGAAGUUACGGGUGCCAAAUAUGAUGAUCUAGUUGCAGCAAUUGAAACAGCAAGGUCUGCUAGUUCUUCGGGAUGAAAACCAAUCCCCCAUGUCUUUACUGUAAUUUGUUGUAUCAAUGUAACAAACUCUCUGGGUGUUUUUAUAUGAUGACUCUGCUUUUGUAUCUGUAAAUGUUUUCAAGAAGUAUGGUAAUCAAUAUAUUCCAUAA